GUUGCACUUAGCUUGUACAGUGGAGGAAGAUUGACAGGCAACAGGAGCUUUACAUUCAUUACAAAGUCUUUCCUUAUAACCAAACCAGAAGAUGGGCAAAAAGAGUCGUGUGAAGACUCAGAAAUCAGGGACGGGUGGGACGACUGUGGUGUCUCCCAAAGAGAUGAUGAACCUGAUCUCUGAACUCCUGCAAAAAUGCAGCGCUGCAGCUCCCUCCCCGGGUAAGGAAUGGGACGACUACGUCCAGAUCCGCACCCUAGUGGAGAAAAUCCGAAAGAAACAGAAAGGAAUGUCUGUGGUGUUCGAGGGCAGCAGGGAGGAUUACUUUCCUGAGCUCAUGACCUGGGCAGCAGAAUGCGGCGCUUCAUGUGAAUGCUUCGAGAUCGCCAACUUUGGAGACGAAGGAUACGGAUUAAAGGCCACCAAAGACAUCAAGGCUGAAGAGUUGUUUCUGUGGAUUCCCAGGAAGAUGCUGAUGACCGUUGAAUCUGCCAAAAACUCCGUCCUCGGUCCUCUGUACAGUCAGGACCGGAUCCUGCAGGCCAUGGGUAACGUCACCCUGGCACUUCAUCUUCUCUGUGAACGGGCCGACCCGGUAUCCCCCUGGCUCCCCUACAUCAAAACGCUGCCCGCUCACUACGACACUCCGUUAUACUUUGAGGAGGAGGAGGUGCAACACCUGCUGGCCACCCAGGCCAUCCAGGACGUGCUGAGCCAGUACAAGAACACAGCCCGCCAGUACGCCUACUUUUACAAAGUCAUUCACACUCAUCCCAACGCCAGCAAACUGCCCCUGAAGGAUGCUUUCACCUUUGACGACUACAGAUGGGCUGUAUCGUCUGUGAUGACCCGUCAGAACCAGAUUCCUACAGAAGACGGCAGUCGGGUGACUCUGGCUCUGAUUCCUCUGUGGGACAUGUGCAAUCACACCAAUGGUCUGAUUACGACUGGUUACAACCUGGAAGAUGACCGAUGUGAAUGUGUCGCCCUGCACGACUAUAAAGAAAAUGAGCAGAUCUACAUUUUUUACGGUACGAGGUCCAACGCUGAGUUUGUCAUCCACAACGGCUUUUUCUUCGAGGACAACGCACACGACCGGGUGAAGAUCAAACUGGGCGUCAGUAAGAGCGAGCGGCUUUACGCCAUGAAGGCCGAGGUUCUCGCUCGCGCUGGAAUCCCCGCGUCCAGCGUCUUCGCCCUGCACUGCAACGAGCCGCCUAUAUCGGCGCAGCUUCUGGCCUUCCUGCGCGUCUUCUGCAUGACGGAAGAGGAACUCAGGGACUACCUGGUGGGCGAGCAUGCCAUCAACAAGAUCUUCACACUGGGAAACGCAGACUUCCCCGUCAGCUGGGAGAACGAGAUCAAGCUGUGGACGUUUCUGGAGACGAGAGCUGCUCUCCUCCUCAAGACCUACAAAACCACGUCUGAGGAGGACCGCUCUAUGCUGGAGAAGCCUGACCUGUCUCCACAUUCCCGUAUGGCUGUGAAGCUGCGCCUGGCCGAGAAGGAGAUCCUGGAGAGGGCGGAGUCCAGCGGCCGUGGCAAGCGCCUGCACUUCCAGAAACAGCUGGAUGACGGAGCUCCGUUGCCCGUCUACGAGGAGAGCGACAUCUCUCUGCUGGAGAACGCUGAUGCCAAACUGCCCAUCGUAUUGAGCCAGCUGGAGGAGGACGAGGAAGGGCAGGCGGAGACGCCACUCCUCAACGGAGAGGGCAAGGAGGGAGAAAAGAGCAAGUCGAAGAAAAAAAAGAGCAAGUCGCAGAAAGGGAAGGCGACCGCAGGGGAGACCAGUUCUUCCCAUCGAACUGAAGGAGUAAAAGAGGAAUAGUAACGGCCGAGGCUCGGCACAAUCACGGCUACUGCUAUCUAUUUAUUUUUGUUGUAAGUAACUGAAAAAUGAAAGCAGUGGAAGCAAUCGUAACCAGAAGAAUUCAGUUUACUUCACUUGUAUUGCUUUUUUAUAUAGAUAUCUGCUAAAACCUUUAGUAAAACCAGUAUGUGUGAA